AUGCCAAGGCAGUUCUUAUUCGUCAAUAAGGAUGCCGACAGUUCAUCUCUGACCCGUAGCACAUCCCUCGAGCAAUCCUCCAUCAAUUCCUAUGUUCAGCGUGGCCGUCGGCAUAGAAGAUCCGGCAAUAACGCCGGUCGUUCCGGCAAUCGAGCAAGAAGGGUUGGGGGGCCAAGCAAACGUGCGGCAGAAGAGGAAGCUGUCAUCGUCGAUACCCCUAGCACAUCAGCCUCGUCUGAAUCUCCGACCCUAGAGGGGCGUGUGCCUGAAAAGCUUUUGAAAGGCAAGCAAUUGGACAUACCUUCAAGACCCCACUCGAGAGCACAGACAGUGACUCCUCCAAGUGUCAAGGAGAGACCAUCCAAGGCACAAAAACCACGAUCAAAGUCUACCUCGGCAUCGUCUCCCAAGGCCGAAGAGGAAAAAGGGACAAUUUUAUUGCUUAAUUCGAGGAUCAACUCCCCCCAAGAUAUAACUCAGGUCAUCGGGUCCUCGUUAGAUCCAUUUGGUCAGUCGGUGGUCAAGCUUGACCCUCAUGUUGCCAAGCUUUGUCGCUAUUUUGCCGAAAGCUAUCAUCCAAGUGUCUGGAAUGCCGAGCGAUGGGGUUCAGCCGAUGGAGCUUACACACACCUCCCUUCUGCAAAAGUUGUCAUUCAGCGGGCAAUGCAAAGUGAAGUGGAAAUGAAUGCCAUGCUUGCCGCCAUGGCUGCGAGGAUCGAGAAUGUUGACGGCAUUCCCAAUCAGGGCACAAACAAAUACAUGGGAAAUGCUCUUGUCGCUGUUCGACGGCGCUUCAGCUCUGCAUCCAAAGACCAACUACUACUUAUUAUGUUUCAUCUUUAUGCAGGUGAGGCAUAUAGGCAGAAUUAUCAGGCGGCCAAAAUUCACAUGAGAGCUGCCAAGGCUAUCUUUGCUUCCUGGGGUGGUCUGAGUCAAAUCCCUGAUCCAGCUAUAAGGGAGCUUUUCAUCAUUGGUGAUCUUCAUGUGUCCGCGGUCUUGUUGGAGCCUCCUGAGCUGCCUUGUGACUAUGAUCCUGGGCCGUAUUGGAGUACCACGCCUUUGGCACUACAACUUGGCCCUGAGCAAGAACUGAACGAUAUAGCGCCAGCAUUACACGGACUGACAGCAGAUGGAUACCUACCGGACGAUCUAAAAGGGAUCAUACAUGAAAUCAGAGAAUGCGCUUGGGUGCUGCGAUAUGGAACAGUGGAACCAUCUCCUGCGUCAAAGCAUGCCGUCAAGUGGCUGCAAUGGCGGAGUGCCGCAAUAAGAUGUAAACUUUUGAGUAUAAGCUUCUCGGACGCAAGCUUGGAAGCCGUCCGAGUGACCCUCCUACUCUGGGUUCUGAUCACGACGGUGUUGUUGGGACUCAGAUUGUUGGGACACCGCCUAGCCCCGAAAUUACAAUCACUCUUAAGGACAGCAAAAAAUCCUUAUCAUCAAUGGAAAGGUAGGAUGGAUAUCCAGAUAUGGGUUAUAACCGUUGGCGCCAUGUGUGCCGGCACCGACUCGGAAGAGGAGAGCUGGUUCGUGGGCAAGCUCUUUGAACUUGGCCUGCCUGAAAACGUCCAGCUCUUCCGAGAAAUGCAAGGACCAGAAGCCACCACGGCAAGCGUUCUCCAAAAUUUCCAAGAAAAAUUCUUUUACUACGAGAAAAUCCAGAGGCCGAGGUUGGAACGGUUAGCAACGCUCAUUACUGUUAACAAGUCCUCCACAAAUCAGACAACCGAUCCGGUAAGGUACAUCACUCCCCCUACUUGA